AUGGCUGACCGGCAGCUUCGACGAUGGACAUCGGCUGAAGACCAAAUUCUACGAGAUCAAGUCGAUACUCAACAAGCACAAGGCGUCGGUAGGGACUGGUGCCAAGUUGCCUCCGCCCUUCCAGGACGGUCAAACAAAGACUGUCGCAAGAGAUGGCACAACUCAGUCGCUGAAGGCUUGAGAAAGGGCCAAUGGUCAAAAUCGGAAGAUCAGUCGCUGACCCAUGGUGUCCACCUCUAUGCAUCGCAGUGGACAAAGGUGGCUACUUGCGUUGAUACACGGAGUGCUGAUCAGUGCGCGAAACGGUGGCAGCAGUCUCUCGAUCCCCGCCUUGACCGUAGCGAGUGGCGCAAGAACGAGGACGAUGACCUGCUUGCGGCUGUUGAGCGCCUUGGUCGACAUUGGAAGGACAUACAGGAGCAAUACCUGCCUCACCGGUCGAAGAAUUGCGCCAAGAAUCGU